AAAUAAGCAGCCGGAAAUGUUCAAAAGAUGUAAAUUGUAAAUUCUUGGUAAUAAGUGUGUUUUUAUUUUGCAAAUAUAAUUUGUGAGACGAAUUUGUUUGUACCAAUAAAUAAAUAGUGUUUUGUUAGAUUUGAGUUUAAAUUUUUUUAAAUGCUGAAUAUAUUACAUUAUUUUUUAAUGAUUUUAGGUGUACAAAAUUGGAUUACUAAUGUAGUUCAAAAAAGGUCAAUUUGAAAUAUAUUACUAACAUUUCUUGUUUUUAGCAAAUAUAGUAUUAUGGAAGAAUUAGAGGCUGUAUAUUACGUUACAUCUGCCUUCGAUGGUAAUGAAGAAGUAGCUUCUAAUUAUAUAAUAGAACAAACUAUUGAUAGCAAUGCAAAUGCUAGUAAUGAAAUUGAGGAUGUUUUCAUAGAAACUCAUGACAGUAGUAAUCAUGAAGAAAUUUCAAUGCCCGAAGAAGCCGAGAGCAAAAUUUCCGAGUGUGAUGCAAACGUGACAAAUGAAGAAGAUAGUGAGCAAGUAAUGAUGAUGAAGGAUGAUGGAAGAGUAGUAAUUGUUAAAAAAGGAGAUGGUGGAAACAUGAUUCUCCAUACUUUUGUUGAUGGAGGUGUAAUUGAAGAUUGUAAGAAAGUUGACGAUAUUAAAAAUGAUUGCAUUGUGAGUGAUUUCCAAACUUCGGAAACAGAAAAACAGUCAAAAAUUGGGGACAGUAGUGAAGUAUACAAUGUUGACAGUUGUAGUCCAGAUGAACAACCAUCCACUAGUGAAAGUGUAACAACGAUAGUACACUUAGAUAAAACAUCGUCGAAGAAACGGAUCAUGGCUAAAGUUGUGAAAGGAGUAGAGCAUAAAAGAUUUAUACAGGAAGAUGCAGAUGAUGGUCCUGUUGUGGAUAAACUAACAUGCAAAUACUGUUUGAAAAAAUUUACAAAAUCUAGUAAUAAACAGAGGCAUAUUAGAGUGGUCCAUAAAAUGAAGAAGAUAACAGGAAAUGAUAUUAAAUGCAUUGAGUGUGACAUUAAUUUCAAACAUGUUAACAAACUAAGGGAACAUUUACAAGGUCAACAUGGUUUGGAUAUGUCAGAUCAAAUACUUACCUUUCCAAAUAUGAGUGAGUACAAUGUUGACAGUUGUAGUCCAGAUGAACAACCAUCCACUAGUGAAACUGUAACAACAGUAGUUUGUUUAGAUAAUACUUCAUUGAAGGAACGGGUCAUGCUUGUGAAAGGAGUAGAGCAUAAAAGUCUUUUACAGGAAGACGCAGAUGAUGGUCCUGUUGUGGAUAAACUAACAUGCAAAUAUUGUUUGAAAAUUUUUUCAAAAUCUGGGUAUACACGGAGGCAUCUUAGAGUGGUCCACAAAAUGAAGAAGAUAACGGGAAAUGAUAUUAAAUGCAUUGAGUGCGACAUUAAUUUUAGACAUGUUAACAAACUAAGGGAACAUUUACAAGGUCAACAUAGUUUGGAUAUGUCAGAUCAAAUACUUAGCUUUCCGAAUAUGAGUGCAUUUAGGAAAUGGAAGUGUGAAAUAGAGCGUAAGACUUUAUGCUCUUACACAUUGAGACAUGGUUCUCGGCAAACUCUGAAAGGUCCAAAACUUUUCUACAUGUGUCACCGAUCUGGUAAAUAUCUUCCAAAAGUGAGAGAAAACAGACAACGAAUGCUCAGAAUGGGUGGAACCUGCAAAAUGGGAAUUGCGUGCACAGCAGCAAUAUACUGCCAAGAGUGUACAAAUGAAGUUCAAGUGCGUUAUGUUCCUCAUCAUUAUGGUCACGGUAAAGAAACUUCUUUUGUCCAACUGUCCCCUGCAGAGCAGGCAGCUAUUCAAGAAAGUGUAUCAAGUGGAGUGCCUUUUGAGAAAUUGUUAGAUGAUAUAAAAGACAGUGAGUAUAAGGACACUUUUCAAUUGCACUUGAUGAAGAGAAGAGAUAUCCGCUGGAUCAAUUGCGCCUUCAAUGCUGAAGAAUACAAUCCUGGCAUAAGUGAUGCAGAAAGUGUUGAAAAUUGGGUUAAGCGGUGCUGCCAGAUGGAAGAUUCACCUGUCCUCUUCUACCAGCAGCAGAACAUUGGUAGCGAUCAGGAGGAAUUCAUGCUGGUUAUAAUGACUGAAUUUCAAAAACAUAUCCUUCUGUCAGCUCAAAGAAAUGUUGUGUGUUUAGAUUCCUUGUACAGACGAAAAGGUGGUCGAUUUUAUUUAACUGUUCUGUUAGUGAUGGAUGAAUUCGAUAAUGCAUUCCCAGGAGCCUUUUGUAUAAGUAAUAAGGUUGAUAAAGGUAUAAUUGAGCAGUUUCUGAUGUCCAUCAAAGAAUCUACUGGAAACUUGUCUUUUAAACAUUUCAUGUCUGACAAUGAAUCCUUUUUCUACGAGUCUUGGAUGAGCGUCAUGGAGGAUGAACCUCGUUGGCUCUGGAGCAUAUUUUACAUAGACAGUAAAAUCAGGACACAGUUAAAAGUAUUCAAGGGGAAUGUUGCUGGUAGAGCCGAAGUUUACAAAACAAUGAGAACAUUAUUAGAAUGUCAAAAUGAGAAUGUCUUUACGUGUAUGUUUAAAAACUUUGUCGAGUCUCUUCAGAAAGACCCUACAGCAAAAAAAUUGGGAGAUUUCAUUCAGAACAAAUAUGGAUCCAACACUGAAAUGUGGGCUCUUUGUUAUCGUAAAGAAGUGAAUUUAAGCACUAACAUUCAUUUGGAGGUAAUGCAUCGUACUUUUCGUUACUGCUGUAGGGAAGGCAGGAAGAAAAGGCUCGAUAAAUUUUUAUUUGUUGUGUUGAAGCUUGUCAAGUACAAAAUGCUCGACCGCAUAUCAGAUAUGUUAGAUAGUGAUAAGUUGAAUUUGGCUAUCGGAGCAAUAAAUAUGUGCCAUACAUCAGGAUUAGAAAUACCAGGAGAUCAAAUGUCUGCUCUUUCUGAAAAGAUCUGGCUUAUUAAUACAGAUAGUGAUGAGGAACCUUUGUAUGUUACCAAAGAAUUAGAUAAAUGCCCAGAACACUGCAGUCUUCGGUGUGAUGAAUGUGAUAUAUGUGUGCAUCAAUAUUCAUGCACAUGUGUUCACAGUAUGAUUGAUGCCAAUCUUUGUAGGCAUAUUCAUGCAGUAGUGUGGAAAUUUUUAACUCCUCAUUUUUCUCCUGCCUCAUCACCCUCCCAUAGUAUGAUCCCCAUAGAUGAUGACAUGGAAGUUACAGUGAACACUUGUACUGAUGUAUAUUAUGGGAGUAUUUUGAAAAAAACCCAUGAAGUGUUUAGAAAAAUCAAAGCAAAUAAGUGCAACUUAAAUAAAGAGGCUCUCGACUCUAUUAUGAAAAGGCUCAAUGAAUGUGUUGAUAUUUGUGCUGGAAAGAAAGUCGAAGAACCUCCAAAAAAAGUACCUCCACUUCCAGCUGUACCACCUAAUACUGUUUAUGUUAUAAACCCUUACAAUAAAAAUCCAGCACAGCCUUAUAUACUACCAAAUAUAUUGCCAUCACCUCAACCAAUUAAUAAUUCUUCCCCUGUAUCGCAAUAUGUUAUGCUGCUACCCAACAAUGGCAGAAUACUUCCUAAACUAUGAGAGUCAUCAAUUUGUCUAUUUCUACAAAAUGAGCUUAUGAACUAAUGUUUUGUAUUGUAUGCAGCAGAUGAUUAUAUUAGUUAUCUAACAAAUUGUUAUUUUGUACUCUAAAAAUUAAGGUUUAAACCUAUUGAUGUAUAAUUUGUUAUUUUACUUUUUGUUGACUUUUUCAUUGGAUGACAAUAUAUAAAAGGUAAAUAAAUGUUAUAAUAAAAAUUGCAAAGAUUGAGAAAAUAGUUUAUAUUUAUAUUUUUAAGUCUUAAUGUUGUUUUUUAAAUUCAAUGUUCUUUGUUACACUGCAUAAACUUAUGAACUUGUUCAUGUAUUUCAGUCAUCGUAACAUUUUUCCUUGUACAAAAUUUCCAUGCAUUUAUUUUGUAUGUAUGCAGCUUAUUCUAGGAAAUGAUUUUAGCUAUAAGCUUUAUUAUUAUAAUUUACUAUAAAUUACCUAAUAGCUGUGAAUAAACAUAAUAAAAGUUUC